UACCUUACUUUAAUGAGCUUCUUCUAUCCCUACUCCGCCCACUCCCUCGUUCUCUCCUCUCUCUUCUUCAAUCCCCAGUCACUCCCAUUCAGGUUCGCAUUGCGCCUCUUUCUCUCUAAUACCUUCGUUUUCCGUUUCGUGCUCUUUGACAUUUGGUUUUCUGCAUCGACUGAAGCUACCUCCCAGAUCACUAUUUACCCCCCUCCAUACAAAUAUACCUACGCUUUACCCCUUCAAACGAAAGAUUACUCGACAUGUUCUGGUCCAAGGUCUUCGGCGUUGCCGCCCUCGCUGUGGCAGUUGCUGCUCAAGAGGUUGCCGUUGCAGAGCAGUACCAUAUCGAGCCAUCGUCCGUGCUUCUAUCAACAAGAAAGGUGUGGUGCAACGACCAAACGAGCACUUGCCCGCUGCUGUGCACACAAUACCCAGGUGGCUCCAUGACCACCGCCGCGAACGACUGCCAUCCUGAAACCCUGACAUACGACUGCACCUGCGGCAACGGCCUCUCCCCCAACAUGACCGAGUACAGCUUGACCAUCCCCUUCCACAUCUGCAUCGAAUGGGGCCAGCAAUGCGUCGCCGGCUGCGGCGGCGUCAACACCUGCCAGGCCGCCUGCACCGAGGGCCACCCCUGCGGCGCCCAGGACCCUUCGCGAGGCAACGCCACAGCCACCACCACCAGCGGCGCACCAGCAGCAACAAGCACCAGCCCAGUCGUUCACAACGGAUUCAGUGACGGCAGCACUACGGAUGGGUCUACCGUGGCCAAGCCCAAUACAGCCCGCGCCGCCCUCGAUCUGGGGAGAAGCUACGGCCUAGCCAUCGUGUUUGCGGGUAUCUUCGCGGCCUUUGGAUUCAUCAUGUAAGGCGUUCCUCGCCGGGUUAACGGACACGACGAUGAUCGGAUCCUCUUUUCACCUCUUCCGAAGUACACUGCAUCUCGCACACUCGUUUCUUUUUUGAGUCGCGCUCGAGCACUACUCUCACUUUAGCGCUGCAUAUAAUCCAGCCCUUUUCGCGAAUUGAUAAGUUGGGGGUUCCGGGGAGUAAAUAAUUGCCAUAUUGAGGUGGGAAUGUGAGGGCAAGGUGGAAGAUGGUGCUGGGGGACGGGCGGUUAAGUUAAUGCAAGUUGUGGAGUGGAAUUGUGACCUUUCUUGAGAGCUUUUUGGCGUUAGUAUACUAUACUUUGCUUUUGGAUUACUUGGGUUUUUGAUUAUGAUUUGCAAGGUGUUCUGGGUUUUCGUGUGAGGAAAAUAGCUUUUGUUCUCCAGAUCAGACGACAUCUUCAUCUUCAUCUUCAUCUUCAUCUUCAUCUUCAUCUUCAUCUUCAUCUUC